AUGAAUUAUCAAUUUACAGAGAAAACAGAGAAAACCAUGGCAGAAAGCUAUUCUCUGGCACAGGGAAGCGGUCAUAUUCAGAUUUUACCGGUACAUAUUGUGUCAGUUUUAUUGAAAGAAGAAAAUCCGCAGAUAUUGCGUUUAGCAGUAGAGAAAUCGGGAGGAGAUAUAGUUAGAUUUGAGAGGGAAGUGCUUAGAAUGUUUGUCCGUGUUCCGACGCAAGAAAAUCCGCCGGAAAAUGUGAUAUUAUCAGCACAAACUAUGAAAGUAUUAAAGGCGGCGCAUGAGCUGCAAAAGCAGCAAAGAGACGCAUAUAUGUCACAGGAUCAUUUGAUUAUGGCAUUAGCAGAAGAUCCAUCUAUUAAAAAAGUGUUAGAAGAGGCGGGAGUAACGCAUCAACAGUUAGAUGAGGCAAUUAGAAAAAUAAGAGGGAAUAGACAUGUAGAAUCGAAGUCAGCGGAGUUAGGCUAUGAUUCAUUGUCUAAAUAUACGAUUGAUUUGACGGAACAAGCGAGAAAUGGGUCACUUGAUCCGGUGAUUGGACGGGAAGAUGAGAUACGUCGUACGAUACGAGUGUUAUCGAGGAGGACGAAAAACAAUCCAGUUUUGAUAGGAGAUCCAGGAGUUGGUAAAACUAGUGUAAUUGAAGGACUUGCCCAGAGGAUUAUAAAUGCAGAUGUUCCGUCUAAUCUUUUAGAAUGUAGAUUGCUUAGUCUUGAUGUGGGUGCAUUAGUAGCUGGAAGUAAAUUUCGUGGUGAAUUUGAGGAAAGAAUUAAAUCAGUAUUGAAGGAAAUUGAAGAUUCUCAAGAAACAAUUAUAUUGUUUGUAGAUGAGAUUCAUUUACUUAUGGGUGCUGGAAAUACAGGAGAAGGAGGAAUGGAUGCGGCAAAUCUUCUUAAACCAAUGCUUGCUAGAGGAAAGCUUCAUUGUAUUGGAGCUACAACAUUAGGGGAAUAUCGUAAAUAUAUAGAAAAAGAUGCUGCUUUUGAAAGAAGGUUCCAACAAAUAUUAGUUAAAGAACCAUCUGUUCCUGAAUGUAUUUCAAUUUUGAGGGGAAUUAAAGAAAAGUAUGAGGUUCAUCAUGGCGUAACAAUUCUUGAUUCUAGCCUUGUUUCUGCAGCGACUCUUGCUUCUCGAUAUCUUACUAAUAGAAGAUUACCUGAUAGCGCGAUUGAUCUUGUUGAUGAAGCAGCGGCAUCAGUUCGUGUUGCAAGAGAUAGUGCACCAGAAGAAUUAGAUAGUCUUGAACGUCAAUUAAGACAACUUCAAGUUGAAAUCCAUGCUUUAGAAAGAGAAAAAGAUAAUUUAUCGAAAGAACGUUUAGCAAAAGCACGUCUUGAAAUGGAAAAUGUAGAGGAAAAAUUAAUGCCUUUAAGAGAAAGAUUUCAAAUAGAAAAACAAAGGGUCAAUGAUAUUCAGAAAGCAAAGAAAAAGCUAGAUGAAUUAAAAGCUAAAGCAGUAGAUGCAGAAAGACGUAUGGAUUUACAAACAGCAGCUGAUUUAACAUAUUACGCCAUUCCUGAUCUACAAAAGAGAAUUGAAGACUUGGAGGCUUUAAAAGCUAAGGCGGACGCAGAAAUGAUUGAAAAAUCAAACUGUCCAAACCUUUUACUUACAGAUAUUGUGACUAUAGAUCAAAUAAACGAGAUAGUAUCUAGAUGGACAGGAAUUCCUGUAACACGAUUAACUCUAAGCGAAAAAGAAAAGCUUUUAAAAAUGGAGAAAACAUUAACACAAUUUGUUAUUGGGCAAAAGGAAGCCGUAAAGGCAGUAGCAAAUGCCAUACGACUUAAUAGAUCUGGUCUUUCUAAUCCUAAUCAACCAAUUGCUAGCUUUUUAUUUUGUGGUCCUAGUGGAACAGGGAAAACGUUAUUAACAAAACAACUAGCUGAAUUUCUUUUUGAUGACAAGAAGGCUAUGAUAAGAAUAGAUAUGUCAGAAUAUACGGAAAAACAUUCUGUUUCUCGUUUAAUCGGUGCUCCUCCUGGAUAUGUAGGCUAUGAUCAAGGUGGACAAUUGACUGAACAACUUAAAAGACGACCAUUUUCUAUAAUACUAUUUGACGAAAUAGAAAAGGCUGCACAAGAAGUUUUGACUGUUUUGCUUCAAGUUUUAGAUGAUGGUCGCUUAACAUCCGGCCAAAGUCAAACAAUUGAUGCAAAAAAUUCCAUCAUUAUUAUGACAAGCAAUUUGGGGGCUGAAUAUCUUACAAAUGCAGCUGUUACUGGUGAUGGAAAAAUUGACGAAAUUACAAAAGCUAUGGUUAUGGACAGUAUUUCUAAAUUUUUCAAACCAGAGUUUUUGGGACGUACAACUGUAGUCAUGUUUAAUAGACUAACAAAAAAAAAUAUGCAAAAAAUAGUUAUUAAAAGAAUCGAAGAAAUACAAAAAAGACUCGACGACAAUAACAAAAAAAUAAAAAUUGACGUCGACGAUACUGUAAUCACUCAUCUUAGCGAAGCUGGUUAUUCUCCUGCUUAUGGUGCAAGACCUUUAAAUCGAUUAAUACAAAAUGAAAUACUAAACAAACUCUCCGUCCUAAUGCUACGAGGCCAGAUCAAAGAAAAUGAAACUGCUCACAUAUUCUUACAUGAAAAAAAAAUAUAUAUUCAACCUAAUCAUGAAUCUACCUCUGAAAUACUCGACGAAAGUAUGGACGAUGAUGUAAUGUCUGAAGACAUCGAUCCAGAAGAAAUUUAUUGAUUUUAAUAUAUUUUAUUUUUAACCCAUUUUCUAAGACUAUAAUACAGCCCUUCAACGGUCAACCUCUUCAAUACUAGUAAAAAAU